UUUUCUCGAGGAAAAGCAGCUCCCGAUUCCCGCAAACUUGAAGCAACAAAAUGUACUUUUUUUUUAUACCAGUUUCCCUAAUAUUCAAAAAGUGCUAGAAAAAGUAUAGACUCAGAAAGGUUCUCACUCGUUUGUGCGCCUUUGACUCUUCAUCUCUCUCUCUCACAUAUAUAUACUCAAGUUGAGCCUUCUCUUGGCAUAAAUAGCAGCUGAGCAGAAGUAGAUUCAAUCUCUCGAUCACACGGAGAAAAAAAAUACUACAAGUUCUUGGAAAAUUAUCAAAAGGUGCUUCUGUGGAUCCACCCGAUUGUUCUCUUGGAGAGAUCUGACUGUGGGUAUCAGAUAAAUAUUUUACAAGUGCUGAAAUAAGCCUAAAGCUCAUCGAGUGCUUUGCCCCGUGGAGGGAGUAGUAGCCAGCUGAUCUUUUGGGAUGAAGACUCAUAGUUCUAAUGAGGAGAUUGAUAUGGAGAGCCGGAGGUUAGUAAAGGACAAAGAACGACCUGUACGAAGUAAAAGAGUGAUCACAAUACAUAAUCAGGCCCUGUUAUCUGGUUUUGCAUACUGUAUCUCAUCCUGCAGCAUGAUACUGGUUAACAAGUAUGUCCUCUCCAGCUAUGACUUUAAUGCUGGAAUAUCUUUGAUGCUCUACCAGAAUCUUGUCUCUGUAGUCAUUGUUUCUAUCUUGAGUCUCCUUGGUGUAGUUACGACUGAGCCACUUACCUGGAGAUUAAUCAAGGUCUGGUUGCCAGUCAAUGUUAUUUUUGUGGGGAUGCUAGUCACAAGUAUGUUUAGUCUACGAUACAUAAACGUUGCCAUGGUCACAGUUCUGAAGAAUGUAACCAAUGUGAUAACUGCUGUAGGUGAAAUGUAUAUGUUCAACAAGCAACAUGACAACAGAGUUUGGGCAUCUCUUUUUAUAAUGAUAAUCUCAGCAAUAUCAGGAGGAAUCACGGAUCUCUCAUUUAAUGCUAUUGGAUACACAUGGCAGUUUAUCAACUGUUUCUUGACAGCAUCAUACUCUUUAACGUUGCGGCGGGUCAUGGAUACUGCAAAGCAAGUCACUAAAUCUGGAGAGUUGAACGAGUUCUCAAUGGUCUUGCUAAACAAUACCCUCUCCUUGCCUUUGGGACUUUUGCUCAUUUUUGUUUUCAAUGAGGUCGAUUAUCUUUCACAAACACCACUAUUGAGACUACCCACGUUCUGGGUGGUGAUGACUUUUAGUGGAUUCCUGGGUUUGGCGAUCAGCUUCACGUCCAUGUGGUUUCUCCAUCAGACAGGGGCUACUACGUACAGCCUCGUCGGGUCAUUGAACAAGAUACCCCUUUCUAUUGCUGGAAUCUUCCUCUUCAAAGUCCCAACAAGUUUGGAGAACUCCGCAAGCAUUUUCUUUGGGUUGUUGGCUGGAGUGCUUUUUGCAAGAGCCAAAAUGCGUUGAGUGUAUAAAUCUCAUUUUUCAAGGAUCACAUUCUUGCAUCUGAUCCUUUUUGUGAGGAUGAGAGAUUUGUAAUCUUGGUCAGAUAGUUGUAACAAUUUUUCAAAAGAUGGGAAAAAGAAAAGAAAAGAAAAACAAAAAAGGCUAUGUAAAAGCUUUUUUUAUAUGGCCAAAUCAUUCUAAAAUUCAAGCAUUUGUUCA